AUGAAAGGAAGAGUCUCUAUGCCCCCUUCACAAGUAGAGAAAAGAUGGGUUCUCCCCCUCUUCAUGACCUCUCUCCUCCUCAGCUUCCUCCUUCUCACCUCCUUCAACAUGGGCCUCCUCAGCUCCCUCUCCAGCCUCAUUUCCUUCCAAAUCCAUCAAUCUUAUUCCUCCCCUAUUUUCGUUGACAAAACACCGCCCACUCCAUCUAACAUGAACAUACCCCGCCUCGCCUACCUUGUCUCCGGAUCAAAAGGUGAUCUCAACCGGCUUUGGAGAACCCUACUCGCUCUGUACCAUCCUCGAAACAUCUAUGUCCUACAUCUUGACCUCAACUCACCCAAGGUAGAGAGGGAGCAGCUUGUUGCUCGUACGGCAAACUUCUCCCUAUUCGCUAUAGUUGGAAAUGUUCAUGUGAUCACGAAGGCAAAUAUGGUCACCUAUAGAGGGCCAACAAUGGUGGCAAAUACACUGCACGCUUGUGCUAUUCUACUGAAGAAGAGCAGGAACUGGGAUUGGUUCAUCAAUCUUAGUGCUUCAGAUUAUCCUCUCGUGACGCAAGAUGAUUUGCUCUUCACUAUGUCAAAAUUGCCGAGAAACUUAAAUUUUAUCGAGCAUGCGAGUAAUUUGAAAUGGAAGGAGUUGCACAGGGCUAGACCAUUGAUCUUAGAUCCAGGGCUUUACAAAACGGCAAAGUCAGAUGUGCUAUGGAUGAUGCAAAAGAGAGAACUGCCUAAUGCGUUUAAGCUAUUCACAGGAUCUGCAUGGAUGGCUCUAUCUAGAGAAUUUGUUGAAUUCUGCAUCUGGGGCUGGGAAAACCUGCCCAGAACGCUUCUAAUGUACUAUACCAACUUUAUUUCCUCCCCUGAAGGCUACUUCCAAACAGUUAUAUGCAACGCACCAGAGUUUAAUAUAACAGUUGUGAACCAUGACCUACACUACAUUUCAUGGGACACUCCUCCUAAGCAACACCCACAUGCCCUCACCCUCAAUGACACUGCCAAAAUGAUCGACAGCAACGCCCCAUUUGCAAGGAAGUUCAAUAAAAAUGAUCCGGUGCUUGAUAUGAUCGAUAUGGAGCAGCUUAGAAGGAAAAAAGAUUGGGUGACUCCAGGAGGAUGGUGCUCUGGAAGCCCACAGUGCUCAAGUAUCGGGGAGGACUGGAGGCUUCAGCCGGGGCCUGGUUCCAAACGGCUGGCACAACUCAUAGAUAGGUUAAUUCUGUCUGAAAAUGAAUUCAAAGGGAACCAAUGUAGGUAG